AUGUCGUGUUACCUCCUGUUUACUGAAGAAAAUGGUCGUCUAACCAGUGAACUGAAUUCAGACUCCCAGUCACGCACGCUUUUUGCUAAAGAAAGAAUGCGUACAACCCGCAAAGUAUCGGUGUGGCCCGUGGGACUGGUAGGAGGACGACGGUACGAGCGCCCAGUUGUGGAAAACGGCAAAGUUGUUGGCUGGUACACUGGCUGGAGAGCUGACAGGCCCUUUGCUAUUGACAUGGCAGGAUUUGCUGUGAGUCUUCAGGUGAUUCUGUCGCAUCCGAAAGCCGUAUUCAAGCGUCGUGGUUCUCAACCGGGAAUGCAAGAAUCUGAUUUCCUGAAACAGAUAACAACAGUGGAGGAGCUGGAGCCAAAAGCAAACAACUGCACAAAGGUUCUUGUAUGGCACACGCGAACAGAGAAAGUAAAUCUAGCCAAUGAGCCAAAAUACCAUCUGGACACAGUCAGUAUUGAGGUAUGA